CCCGGACCUGUUAUCACCUUUGACGUCAGUUAUGGUGUUAGACUCCAGAUACAUUUCUUUUUCUUCACCACGGAUAUGUUGUCAAUCGCUCGUAUAAGCUGAUAAAUGGUUAUGACUAGCAAAAAAAAGAAACGAGCUCCCAGCAAUGCGAACUGGAGUCGGAAAAACGCUGUUAAAGAUAACGAUAAGCUACUGAAAAAAAAUGAACCGACAGGCUCAAAGAAUUUUGAAAUGAAAUCUAUUGAAUAUGACGAUGCAAAGUCUGGAUUACGGCAGCCUAGUAUAUACCAUGCCUUAGUGAUUAUAUUUUUAGAAUUCUUCUGCUGGGGGCUUCUCACAUCCCCCAUUAUUAAGGUCUUAAAUGACACAUUCCCUGAUCAUACAUUUUUGAUGAAUGGACUUAUUCAAGGAGUGAAAGGUAUGCUCUCAUUCUUGAGUGCUCCAUUGAUUGGAGCCCUCUCAGAUGUUUGGGGUCGAAAACCUUUCCUGAUUCUAACAGUUUCCUUCACAUGUGCUCCAAUUCCACUGAUGAAGAUAAGUCCUUGGUGGUACUUCGCCAUAUUGUCCAUGUCAGGAAUAUUUGCUGUCACCUUUAGUGUUGUCUUUGCUUAUGUUGCUGAUGUUACUUCUGAGGAAGAGCGAAGUGUUGCUUAUGGACUGUCAUUGAAGAAACUUGGCAAAGACCGGCUUAUAUUAAUGCUCUGUGUAGCAGUCUUUUUAUCAUACCUACCUGAAGCUGGAGAGUACUCCUGUUUCUUUGUGUAUUUAAGAUUGGUCAUGGGAUUUUCUGCUGAAGAAGUCGCCUCUUUCAUCGCUGUUGUUGGUGUUUUAUCUGUAGUCGCACAAACAUUGGUUCUCACUCUGCUAAUGAGAUAUCUUGGAUAUAAACAUGCUAUUAUGUUUGGUCUAGUCUUUGAAAUGGUCCAACUUGCCUGUUAUGGAUUUGGAUCUCAGACUUGGAUUGUUUGGUGUUCAGGUGCUAUUGCCGCCAUGUCCAGCAUCACCUACCCUGCCAUCAGCUCUUUUGUAUCUGCUCAUGUCUAUGCUGACCAACAAGGGGUUGCUCAAGGCAUGGUUACAGGCAUUCGUGGUUUGUGUAAUGGGCUUGGCCCGGCCCUGUACGGCUUCAUUUUCUAUUUAUUCCAUGUUGACCUGAAUGACAUGGCAGACUCCAACAAAAAGAAACCAAUUCUUUUAAACAAUUCAUCUCAUCCCACCACAACUAAUACCCUAUUGAAUGUUGUACCAGGUCCACCUUUUGCCUUUGGAGCAAUUCUGGUCAUUUUAGCAUUGUUAGUCACAGUAUUUAUCCCUGAUAAUCCUCAUCAAAAAGGGAUGAGUUCACCAACUAAGAGAGUAUUAACUCAUGAUUCAUUCUCAAAGGAUUUAGGUAGUAAAAAGUACGAAAAGGAACCUUUGAUGGUUGAUAGUGAUAUAGAAAUUCAAACGUAGGAAUGGAAGAACUUUUGUGGACACCAACCUUCAAUGUUUUAGAAGUAAAAGAAAAAGGACGCUUGCAAUAAUAAAUUGGCUGUUUGUUAUCCGAGUGAUUCGACCUGUUGAUUGAUCAAUCAAUCAAUCAAUCACUUUAUUAUUACUCGGGUAAAAAAAAAAAAGGAUGUUAUUGUAAUUGUAUAGAAAGUCCAAGGGAGAUAACACUGAAAGCAAUAUUGGCUUUCUUUUUGUUAUCCAUAAUUAAUUCCCUUAACAAGUGAACAGCUUGGUUAUUUUAAGACGCAUUCAAAAACGAUUGAUUGUGAUAUGUGAAAAAAGAAAAAAAGAUUUUGAGAUUAAAAAAUAAAAUUGGAAGGAAAUGGGGGAGAUAAAAGAAAGGACAGACGAAUUAACAUGGAAUGGAAAAAGAAACUAACAGGAAACCCCCAUAAAACAAAAAAAAAAAAUCCAAACAAACAAAAAACAUCAGAUGUUAAUUUCUGUGUUUUUAUAUUUUAUAUUUAUACAUAUAUAUAUUUUCCUUCUUCUCCCCAUA